ACUCCAUGCAGUGAAAGUUAUGAACUUUGAAGAGAUGUCUUCUAAAGAAACGGUGAGCGUUGUGGGAAGUGAGGAAGUGAGGGCAUUGGAAUAUGGCGACGUGGGUAUGACCAGUGAGUCGUCUGAUUCGGAGAAGACAGAGGAGGGGGUAGGGAGAAGUGAGAUGGUUGGGGUAGAGGGAGAUAGGGUACCCAUUACUGUAGUAGAAGUGGAGGGUAGGAAUGAGAGGUGUUAUGAUGUAGAUGCGGACAUUAUGUUUGAGGUGAAGCACUAUGAGUCUGAGCUCGAGACCAGGGAUAGCCUGAAUUAUAGUAUAGGGUUGACACAAUUAGCUCCCAAUGCUAUGAGGGGGGGUAGUAGAAAAGACAAGGGGUGGUAUUAUUUCACCCCUAAAGUAUCAAAUAAGGAGAGUAGGAGUUUAUUUACAAUGGGUCCUUCAUCCAUUAAAGGAUGGAAGGAGAAAUUUUUCUUUGUAGAUGACAUUGAGUGGGAAAGAGGGGAUGCCAAAGUAGAACUGUUGUCAUCUUGGAAGGCUAAGAAAGCCAACCAAAAUAAAUAUAGUUUAAAUGAGGAUGAGGAGGAAGAGGUGGAGAAGUUGGUGAGGGAGGGGGGUAAUUUAGUGAACAUAAUGUACCUCACCAUUGCGGAUUGUAUAGAGGCUGCUGAGCUUUGUGGGCCAAACGCUUUGAGUGAAGGUUUGUUUGUAUUUUGCAUUGUAGUGCUUGAUGUGGGACAGAAAGUUAAGUCAAGGAAGAAGUCAAAGACUUCAACCAAGAAGGCGAAUGAGGUGGAGGCUAGGAAGGAGUUAGUGCUUAGCACCUCAACUGGAGUUAAGGAGGAGGUUAGGGGGAGCGAGGUUCUACAGUUCAUACCUCGGCCCCCUCUUGUUGAGCUCGAUCCUGAGCUCAAGGAGUCUGAGGCUGAGGGGGCUGGGGUAAGGGCUCCUGGUAAAGGGAAAGGCCUCGUUCCCCAGUUGUCUUUUCAGAGCAGCCUCUUUGACGCGAAGAACUCAACAGGGGCAAGAAGGUUUAUCAAUGCAACCUUUCCCGAAGUGAACGCUCUGGCCCAAGAGUUUAUGGAGAGCGUGAAGGAUCGCUCCCUCUUGCAAAGGCAAUGUGAGCAGCUACAGAAGGAGAAGGAGGAGCUAGAGAAAAAGAACAAGGAUAUGCAAGAGGCACUGGAUGAGGUGGUACCAACAGUGAAGCAGCUUGAGGAGAAGAGGGAUUCUCUAAGUACCAAGCUCGUCUUUGAAGAGAAAAAGAGAAAGAUCUCUAAAAUCGAGCGCGAGGCUCAAGAGAAGGAAAUAAAAGCAAUGAAGGAAGUUGUGGUUGAGUUGAAGAAAAAUGUUCAGUUGCUGGUACACAACGGGAUGGAGGAGCAUAUCAGCAACUUCGUCAACUCCAGCUCGUUUGACAACAUUGUCAACCUCUACCGGCUGCCAACUGCUAUUCUCGCCUUCACCGAUUGCAGAAAGAAAGUGAAAGCUGAAUAUCCCGAAGUGAAUAUUACGAAGAUCACCUUCGGCAAACAAGAAGAGGAGGUGGAGGAAAACGGUGAAAGCAUGUCAGCAAACUUUCGUCCUCAAAUUAAACUGAGGUGGGAUCGUGAUGUACAAGGGCGCACCGUUUUUCCUCCGAACUUCGACUUCGAGUUUGUGGCAGUGGAGGAAGAAGAAGCAGAGGUAAAGGGAGCUGAAGUAGGAGCAAAGGUAAAAGGAACUGAAGUGGAUGAGAGUCAGCCACCUCUGCAAGUGGAGGUCCAUCCAGUUCCUUCUGAUGACGAGCAGCCACCUCUUCGAACCGAGCAGCAGCCACCUCAGCCACCUCCUCCAGCAAAAGAAUGAGGAAUUUUUGUUUUUUGAUAUUUUUGUUUUGAUAAUAUUGAAACAAUUUGAUAAUUUGAACAGUUUGUAAUUUUCAUUGUGAUUUUAAUGAAAAGUUUUGUUUUUG